AUGAGUUCAACUGAAAUGUUUUCUCAACAAAAAGGAUCAAUUCCAUCAAAGUUUGAUCAAUAUCAGCGAAGCCAAUCACAGACAACAGAAGUAUAAAUUUAUAACACGAUACGCUGUUUAUAUUUUUUGAAUAGUUUUUAAAAUUUUACUUUACUAUAAAACAUGUGUUUGUUUUAGGACGAACCACCAAACUACUAUUCAAAAUAUGUAAGCAACCCACCUCUGUUUCCGGCAUCUUCCAAAAACAACAAAUUAACCAGAUCAAUGCAAGCUUUUAUUAAAGAAGAAAAACAAAAUAUUUCCAUGAAAGAAGAAAGGUAACUAGUUCAUUUAUUUCUUCAUAACUUGCCUCUUAUUCAAAAUGAUUUCAUUCCCUUUUUUUGAUAACUGAUAUUCACAAAUAUUUUACAGGGAUAUGCUUCAAACAUUUAUUAAUCUUUUAAAAGACUACACAAAGGAGGUAGGAGUGUGAUAUAAAAUAUUACACACUUCGAAAAUUAUCGAUUUAUUUUAACCUGAAAAAUGGCGUGUUUCUUGAAGGUGGAUUCUUCCUUUACAAAUUUCAAAAGCGAUAUGGAAACCACAUUGCAAGCGAUUGUAAAGAACAUGCAAGACGGAAGCCAACGUAUUGAUGAUAAAGUCUUGAACUGUAAGUGCAAUCAUAGUACAAUGUUGUAGCCAAGAUGCUAGGCGUGUACAGUAUUUAUUUUCCAAUAAUCCCACACCUGAACUAAAUUCACUUGGUUGAAGAAUAUUCGACAUUUCGUUUUUAUUUCACAGUGAAACAAGAACUCGUUUCAAUAAUUGAAGCAAAAGGCAAGGACAAACAUGAAAAACGAGAAUUAAACGAGAAUAUUUCUGAAGUAAGUCUUCUCCGCAGACGCUUUGAAAAAGUCUCUCCACAGAGAAUUUGGUUAUAAGUUCCGUUUAAUUUUUACCAAGCAUGUUUGAAAAACGUUUUAAUUUAUUUGAUUCAGUUGAUUGAAUGUAUAAAAUAACAAUUGUAUCUUUUCAGCAAUCUGGUACAAUCAAAGUCUUGGAAACGAAGGCAGGAAUCCUAGAAAAACAAUUAGAUGAAAUGAAGAAUAAGGAAUCCGCUUACAUUGAUCAGAAGUCAAAAUUCCAGGAAUUGGAACAGAAGUACUUACAAUGUAUUAACCAAUGGAAUGCAAACCAAGCUUUGUGUCUUGGAAACACUCCACCAUCAUCACAACACACUGAUCCUUUCUGUGGCUACCAGAUCCCUCCCCUUCACCACAAUAAGGCAGAUCCAGGAACCUACAAGACUUUUCCCAACGGAGGUCCUUCAUCUGGCUACGGGUACAAUCCCUGGCAAACAGGACAGACAAACGAUUACUACAACCCUGCGAGAAACAACCCAUUACCACCAGAUCCUGUGGUUUACCAAAAACUACCAGUACACCCAAUGGUCAACCCAACACUACCAAUACACCCAAUGGUUAACCCAAAUCUUCCCUAUGCAAAUAAUAGUACAGUGACUUGUACACCAAAUCCAUCAUACUCCAUCAUACUGGCUACCCAGGCAGGAAGUACAUCCACAACAUCACAUUUGGGCACGCAAAAUUCAAUGAGCUGCCAAGUACCUUCUCGAGCAAACCAGUUGUACUCAACACCAAAUAAAAGCACUCCCGUAUCUAGUCACUGCAGCAAAGUUCGCAACACUGGUACGUAUUAUGAUAAAUAUAUAAAGUGAUGAAGAUCCAAGCUUUUUCCACAAAAAAUAAAACAUUAACCUACAUCUUCUUUUACAAAUUUUCUCAGGGUCGCCCACUCCCAGAUCAUGUGGUCUAAAAGUAUCCAGACGAAACUCAAAAAGACCAAAACAAUCUCCCAUGGCGAUGGUCAAACCACAAGUACGGAAACCCCCUCCUUUACUAGACGACGAAAUAUUCGUUGUUGAUGUAAUAGACCCUCCAGAAACCUCCUGGUCGAUGGAAUCUCUGUUAGACAUGGACGACAAGAAUCCAAUCCCGAGCAAGCCGGCCAAUUCUGCAAAGUAUACUCCACAAUCGGAGCCAUUUAUAAGAAAUACACACUCGGAUGUUACGAAGAAAUGGUGUCGACAAGAAGAUACCGUUAAAAGAAAACGUACCUCUGUUUCGAUGCUGGGUAAGCUUAUUUGUAACAUUUUGAAAUUAUCAUCAUAAGUAUGACCAUCAUCACCACAAUAAUCACACAACCAUCACCACCAUUAUAUCAUCACCACCAUACAGGGCCGUACGCAAGAUUUUUUCACCAGGGGGGCAGUGAGGUCUAUAGACCCAUUGCACAUAGCGUCACAGCGCCAGCGACGAUGCAUCUGGAGGACAAAUUAGCAAUCUAUGCAUAAUAUAACUUUUGUAAACGAAGCAAAUUUUGUAAAACUUUAUAAUAAUUUUGUAUUAAAAUGGUUAAUUUUUGCGUUGUAUGUGGUUGUUGUACCCGAACAGAUUUUGUUAGGGAGCAUCUGGAGGACACUCUAAGGAUUUGUGACGUCAGUGCAAUGGGUCUAUAUGCUGAAAAAAGUCCCAAAUAUCCAACGAAUAAUUAAUAAUGACAUUCUAAAAAUCGUAAAUAUAGUUUUCUCGGGGGGGGGGGGCAGUUGCCCCGCUGUGUACGGCCCUGCCACCAUCCCGGCAUGACCAUCACUACCCUCAUCACAAUUUUACAUUGCAGGUUGAUAUUUAUUUUUAGGAGUAUCCAGUGACGACAGUGAAGUCCAAGAAAUUGCAAACUUGUUGAGAGAACAAUCGCGUCAUUUUUCAAAAAGAACUAAAAGUAUGCCGUGAAGAGCACAACAUUUUCAUUCAGAAUCUAUUUUAAAAUUUAAUCUAUUUAAUUAAAUUUGAACUGCGUAAUUGUGUAAAUUAAAUUGGUAAUAUAAUAAAUAUAAAAAUUCUUAAAAUAUGUAAAUAUAAAUUUGUGUAAAUUAUGUAUAUUGAGAAGUGAAUUAAAGGAUUUUUGUUAAGAUUACGAAGUAAAAUAUUUUUUGAUGAAGACUGAUAUCAUACUAGAUUACCGACAACAAAAGGUUGAGAUGUAAACAAGCAAACAUACAUACAGUCACAUUAUGUUAAAAUAUCACGUGAUUGAAAUUGAACAAUAUAAACUGCAUGUGUUCAUUCUCAGGUGCCAACGACGGCACAAGUACCCAGUCCCCUUAUUACGCGGAAUUCAAGAUGGGGGCCAGCAGCAGCAAUGCGAAUAAAGAACAAAUAAAAACUUGGGUAAACGAAGAAAUAAGUUCAAAUCUUGUAGUAAUAUUUUCAAAGACAUACUGUCCGUACUGUAGCAAAGCAAAGAACGCGUUCCAAGCGGCAGGACUUGACAAAUACACUGUACAUGAACUGGAUAAAAGAGACGAUGGCGAUACUAUACUUGACGUUUUGCGAGACAUGACAGGUGCAAGAACAGUAAGGAUUUCAUUAUAUUUACCUUCCUUUGCUUCAGAAGUUCAUGCACUUGCUUGUUGUUUUGAGAAAGUUCUAAGAUGUACCUUUGACGUCGCCAUUUUGUUUUUGAUACUUAUUGCCAUGUUGGGUCUGGUAGCCCUAUCCCCGUACCCCGGAGGACCACUGCACAAAUAGUGAAGAAAAAGUGCUUAUGUAUUUGCUUUAAUUUUCAGGUACCUCGUGUAUUCAUUGAUAAAAAAUUCGUUGGCGGAGGAUCAGAAGUUGAAGCAUUACAGCAAAAAGGAGAACUUAGAUCAAUGCUCGAAGCUUGUGGCGCAUUAUGAAUGAAGUAUUCACUAUAGGAAUAUAAUUAUUAACGGAAAAUAUAUCUGAAUAAAAUAUGUAUCAUUCAAUGUAUGUAAAUAACGCGCGGACAUCUGAAUAAAAUAUUUGUUAUCCGAGGUAUUUAAGCUUUUCCAAACAUGCAUGGUUGGAAAAGUCUUGGGUGUACCCGAUUAAUGAGAUCUAUUUUGUAUGCUGUGUCGAAGUAAAUCCUUACUGUGUCAUUGUGAGCCGUGAUGAAAUGGAGACUCGACAAUUAUCAUAUAAAAUGUAUUAAAUUUAUUAUCAAUAUUUAUUUCAUAUAAUAAACUGCAUGUUAUUGGUAUUUAACUAUUCUAUUACUGUUUCUUGUACUGUAUCUUUUACCACAAUCAGGCGCUUACUCUAAUAAUUUUUAUGCGAAUUUCAAUCAUUAAAUAUACAUUAUUUCAAGACUGCUUAUCGAGCCUGUAUCUGAAUUAUAAGGAUUUAAAUCAUUACGUUCUGAUGAUAUAGAUUGACCAUCUUGCGGAGACGGGGUCUCAUUGUGAAUCUCGUCUUCGGGAGGAUCGUCUGUGUGUGCUAGCUGCCUCAUUUCUAUAUCAUUGUGACUAAUUCUUUUUAUGCGAAUUUCAAUCAUUAAAUAUACAUUAUUUCAAGACUGCUUACCGAGCCUGUAUCUGAAUUAUGAGGAUUUAUAUUAUCACGUUCUGAUGAUAUAUAGAUUGACCAUCUCGCUGAGACGGGGUCUCAUUGUGAAUCUACAAUCAUGGACAAAUUCAUUGGGACAACGAUGCAUCAAACGAAUAGUUUGCGAUGUCGUUUUGCUAACGGUAGUUGUACGCCCCACACCUUCCCCUUCCCCCCACCACCCAAUGUUGUGUGUUGUGGAACGAUGAUGGGUUUCGCCCAACUCACUUUCGUUGUCAACAUUGAUCGGUGGGGGAAGGGGAGGACUGAAACUGAGGCUAUGUAUGGUGUAGACGUAUUUUUAUAUGGGCGUGAACUUUGUCCCAAUGAAAUUAUUCGACGAUUGUAGCUGCCUCAUCUGUAUCAUUACGUGACUAAUUCUUUUUAUGCGAAUUUCAAUCAUUAAAUAGACAUUAUUUCAAGACUGCUUACCGAGACUGUAUCUGAAUUAUGAAGAUUUAUAUUAUCACGUUCAGAUGAUAUAGAUUGACCAUCUUGCUGAGAUGGAGUCUCAUUGUGAAUCUCAUCUUCAGGAGAAUCGUCUGUGUCUGUGCUAGCUGCCUCAUCUCUAUCAUUGUUUAAUGAGUCUGUGGUUUGUUCUGUCAAUACAGCAGAAAUGAUUGCAUUUGAAGAACUAUGCUCUUCUUCAUCAGUUGUCCUCUCUUGAAGAUCUAUAUUUUCAUCUGAAGUAUCUUCUUGUUCGCGUGUGAUACGUGAGCGUGUCUGACUAGAGUCCACCUGCCCCCUAUACCUCGCAGCGAUUCGUGCAGGAUCACUACCAGAGACGGAGCUUGAGUUCUGGGCUGAAGAUUGAGUGAUAUCAAUAUAUACACCAUCUUCAGAAUUAUCAGAAACCGUUCGCUCCAAAGGUGCAUGCUCCAUAGAAGAGGAAAGAGGAUUUCUAACACUUUGGCCUGUAGGGUUGCUUCUUUCCUCGUAGGCAGCGACCUGUAUGUCGCUUGAAUGAUCGAUGGAGGAAGGAUGGGGAGUUCUGAGUGAAGAAUGUCGUAUCACGCGCAUGUUAAUCUCAGUAGGAUUGGAAUUUCUAAAACUUGAACUUCGGCCUGGAGAAUUGUUUCCUCCAUGGGGAAUCGUUUCGCGUGAAGGUGAAUGGGUUCGCCCGGAUCUUAUGUCAAUGCCGGGUUCCGUAUUUUGCUCAGAUCUCGGCUCGUUUAUAUCAUUUGAAGUAGCUUGCUCAGGUCUUGCUUCAAUGUCUUGAUGCGUCAUGCGGUCCAAUUCAUUGGACGUGUAUCCUGGCCGAGUUGUACUGUUUACUUCAUGAGGUCUUUGUCUAACUUGGCUUAUUUGAAGAAGAAUUGGUUCACCUUGUGUCCUCUGAGCUGUGCCAUCAACCACUGCCAUUUGUGCUUCAACAUUUUCAAGCUCGUUUAUAGAACUCGACACCUCAUUCGGUGAACUCUCUCCUGAUUCUGCUCCGCCUGGACUUUGAUUAACGAACCUUGAACUCGAUUCUCCUCUAUACCUCACCCUAGCUUGUCCAUUCACCGUCGCUGCCAUAUUCCUUUCAGUAACGUCAUAUGUCACACGUGACGCAUUAGCAUGUGACGUCAUACCGUGUGACAUCAUAUCAAAUGACAAUGAUUCGUACGAAGGUGGACGAUCAAGAGGGUCAUUUACGGUUGCUCGAGAUGGAUGUUGGGAUAACGGUGCAUCAAUGUGUACACCAAUGCUGUGACUGCGACCCCCGGCAUGAGAGAAUCCUUCAUUGUCGUGUCCUGAUCUGCUAGUAUUCAGUGGAAGCUAGAAAUCAGAAGAACAAAAUUAUUUUAUUUCUACUGCAUAGUUCUAUCGCAGGGCCGCAAUACUGUCCCACUAUAUCACACCAAAAAUACGAACAAGAAAAACAAUUUGGUUACCUGGAUUUUAAAAAAGUGCAGCAAAAAAAUGACACAGAUUAUAAGAAUUCCAAGCAAUAAUGCGAACGCCAUGGCAGAGAACGUCAGCAAGGUUCCAUGAAAACCAACUAAAGAUUUCUGUUGAGCACAUGGCACUGGAAGAAGGACAUUAUCAUUCGCGCUCCUAAGUUUGGUACACUGGCAUUGAGUAGUAGAAUCUUUAGUAACAUCUGAACAUAUGUAGAAACGAUUCUCGAAGAACAAGCGUCUCUGGUGUAUGGAGACAAAAUGAGUGUAAGCUGUGCCAUGUAAGAUAGAACCAACCAGAGCACACGUGAGAAGUGGGAUGCACAGAAAUAGACCAUAUG